UAACAAACAAAAUUUUCAAAACCCAAAGGACAAAGGUAAGGAAGAAAAUGCAGAGGCUUCUUUUUCUGAAGCAAGCCUCAUCAAGCUUCUCCAAAGCACUGACAAAAACAUCUUCCUCGUCUUCGCUUCUCCACUCUCUUCCUUACAAAACCUUCUCUUCCAUUGCUAAACCAACCGUCGACAACCAGUUUCUGAACUCUUCAUUUUCACACACAUUUCACCACCACUCUUUUCGAUGGCGAUCUCAGCUAAGUCUUACAGGGGAAAUUCAAGGGUUUCUCUCGUACCCAGUAGUUGCAAAGCGAUUUUGGUUGAAUUUCUCAAGUAUCCAUCUCAAAACUUCUGGAAAAAGUCUCCUGGAUUGCAGAGUUUGGUUUCUCAGACCGCAGAUUCCCAGAGGAAGAUUUGAUUUUGGUCUUCAAACGAGUCGAUGGAGAUUAUGGUUCCAGCGAUUGACAGCAAGUGACAUGGUUUUGGGCUUGAUUAUAACUAAUGUUGCUGUUUUUUUAUUAUGGAGGAUUGCAGAUAGAAAAUUUAUGAUGAAUAACUUCAUGGUUUCAUUGGACAAUUUUAAAAGUGGACGCUUGCAUACACUGAUCACUUCAGCUUUCAGUCAUAUUGAUAUUGAGCAUAUUAUCUCUAACAUGAUUGGCCUUUAUUUCUUUGGAUCAAAUAUUGGAAGAGUCUUUGGACCUGAAUAUUUGCUGAAGUUGUAUCUAGCUGGGGCAAUUGGUGGUUCAGUGUUUUACUUGGUGCACCAUGCAUUUUUGGCAUUAUCAUCAAAGGGACAUGCCAUGUGGAUGAUGGACCCUUCAAAGACGCCGGGAUUGGUAUGCUUUUAGCCUUCAGUGCAUCAAGCUCCAUUCAUAACCUUCGUGUUUUUUUUUUUUUUCUGU